AUGACAACAAGCAUAGACUCAUCACAUAGACAUGUUCACAAAACUAUUCCCGUCGACGACCGCAACAGUGACGAUUCAUUAAGUGACUCAUCCAUCGACCUGAUGACAGCCGAUUUGGACCAGAUUGGGAAACUAAACUUACCCAACAUCACGUCGAUUUCCUCAUGGGGGGAAUCGCUAAUUCAAAUGCCAAAUUUUGAGUUUCUGAGAAUUCAGGAUUUUCUGAAGGAAUUUUCAAAGUAUGUAUUCAAUUAUGCCAGUUCUUAUCGACGUGAUGCUGGGGAGUCCAGUCAAGGAAAAGAGGAGGAUGACGAGACUAUGUUGGAUAGUAUAAAGACUGUGUUGUCUACACGUAUCCAAAUGAACAAGUUUCUUAAUGACUUGAAAUUGGGGGUCAAUAUCACUACUGCCAUUGACAGAUUGCAACCGUUGACUGAUAUGAUCCACGAAACGAUAUUCUUGCCUGCUGAAGACGAGAGUGAAUACGACGAGGAACCGCUAGACGAGGAAGAGAUUGAGCCCGUGGGUGUAGGGGAAAUCGUUCACAAGAGUCAACCGUUAAUCAGUGAAAUUGUUAAACCGGAGAUGCUGACACGCACGGGACUGUCCAUGGCCCUGUUUCGUAAGAGAAAGAGGAAAUUGUUUCGAGAUUUAUCUGAAGAUAGUGGGGAAGGCACAUCAGUAACUAGUGACGUUGACGGGUUAACCGUUGAAGAAGUUAAAGAGUUGACUGAAUUGAAUUCCAUCAAUGAUUUCGGAGAAGAAGGUGUGUUGCGGAAUAAGAUUCAACGAAUUCAAAAAUUGGAUAACAUUGAUGAAAAGUCAAAGAAUAAGUUGGUGACCAAGUUAAUGAUGGGGAAUUAUUACAAAUAUGUCAACGAGAAGUUAUCACAGGAGAAUAAGCAAUUGCUACGUCCAUUAAGAAAGCAAACGUUGGUUAUUAACGGAGGUGAUGGUUUAGACAAUUUAGCCGAAGAGGACGAAGAAGAACAAGAAGAAGCCCAAGAGGAUGAGGACAUGGAAGAUGAAGGCGAAGAUGAAGAUGAAGACGAGGACAAUGUUGUCCUUACUGCUGAAGAUACUGUCCCCAGUUACAAUGACCCACCAUUCAAUACCACCCUAGGAUGUCCCCAUUACCACCGCAACUGUAAAGUUGAAUGCCCUACAUGUCUUAAAUGGUAUCCUUGUAGAUUCUGUCAUGAUAAUGAAAUUACCGACCAUAAAUUGAUUCGAAAUGAAGUGAAGCAUAUCUUAUGUAUGCAUUGUCAAACCCCACAAGUGCCCGACACAAACUAUUGUAUUAACUGUGAACAAGAACUUGCCAAUUAUUUCUGUCGCAAAUGUGUCCUUUAUGAUAAUGAUCCCAAUAAAGAUAUUUAUCAUUGUGAUAAAUGUGGAAUUUGCCGUUUGGGACUUGGUAUAGGCAAGGACUAUUUUCAUUGUGACACUUGUAAUGUCUGUCUUUCGAUUGAUCUUCACGAUAAACAUAAAUGUGUCACCAACACCACUCAUUGUAAUUGUACCAUUUGUAAUGAAUAUUUAUUCACUCUGGUUCAAAAGGUUGUGUUUAUGAAGUGUGGCCAUUCAAUCCAUCAGCAUUGUUAUGAUGAAUUAAUCACACAUAGUUAUAAGUGUCCAAUUUGCAAAAAGACAAUUGUUAAUGUGGAAACUCAAUUCAGGUUACUAGACCAAGAAGUUAUGCAAAGUCCAUUGCCACCACCGUACAAUGCCUGGCGAUGCAUUAUCAGUUGUAAUGAUUGCAAGGGGAAGAGCAAUUGUAGUUACCAUGUCCUUGGGUUGAAGUGCAAGUAUUGCAAGAGUUAUAACACGAACCAGUUGAAGUUAAUUAAGCCAGAGGAAGAAGAAGAAGAGGAGGAGGAGGAGAUUAUAGACGGGGACGUCAUGCAUGAUUUUGAUGCUAAAGUUAUGAGGGAUGUUCGAAUCAAUUUACUGAAGAAUUUCCGAAUUGACACACAAGUAGUUGAGGAUGAAAACAGUGGGUAUGAAGAUGAUGAAGAAGACGAAGAGUUUGAAGACGAAGAUACGAGGCAAGAAGACGAAUAUGAUGAAGUAAUACCGGAGAAUCUUGUUGAUUUGAAGAAAUUAACCAAUGCCAUUUUAAGUGAUGAUUACCAUAGAAUAAACAGUAAUGUGUCAUAUAUAACGAACAUGUUUCAGAAUUUCAUUAAUAAUGCUACCAAGAAAUAGAAAGUAUAGAAAUUAAUACAUAGAUAAAAUUU